GUGGCAUGAACCUUCUGAUCUUUGGGAGAAGAUUAAAGAAUAAGCUCUACUUUUAUAAUUAUUUAUUGUAAUAAUGCGAUCCAUUAAAAUAUGUUUUGGAGGCAAUUAACAAUUUUUACGUGACGGGUUAAAUUAAGGAGGCUGUUUUGCUCACUGGUUCAGGACUAAAAAAGAAGCACUGUCAUAAAACUACAUUUUAACUUUACUGUUGGUAAACCUUCUUUCAUAUCAAAAGUUUGUUCUGCUGUUGUCGGGUAAAAAACAGCGUACAAAAUGAAAUUCAACAAACUAGUGACUUCUUCGAGAAGCAAAAAUAGGAAAAGGCAUUUUACAGCUCCUUCUCACAUAAGGAGAACACUUAUGUCUGCACCUUUGUCUAAAGAACUUAGACAGAAGUAUAAUGUAAGCACCAUGCCUAUUCGUAAAGAUGACGAAGUACAAGUAGUGAGAGGUCACUACAAAGGCCAACAAGUAGGAAAAGUUGUACAAGUUUAUAGAAAGAAAUUCGUUAUUUACAUUGAGAGGAUCCAAAGAGAGAAGGCCAAUGGAGCUAGUGUAUAUGUAGGAAUCCACCCCUCAAAGGUUGUCAUUGUUAAAAUGAAAAUGGACAAAGACAGAAAGAAGAUCUUGGAUCGCAGAGGUAAAGGACGUUUGGCCGCUUUGGGCAAGGACAAAGGAAAGUACACUGAAGAAUCAGCUGCAUCUGCUGUAGAAACAUCUUAAGUGUUAACAUAAUUUUUAUUAAUAAAAUAUAAAAUUUGACAAAA